UUUCUCUUCCCUUUUAAGGGGAUUUGAGAGGACUGAGAACAUUCGGAGAAAGAGAGAGAGAGAGAGAGAGAAAACCCUCUUCCCUGAGAAUAACCCCGCAUCAUCAAACAAUUUGAAGAUCUGAAAUUGCUCACAUACACAAAACCCAUUUACAAAUACACACUCAUACAAAGAUAGAGAGGUAGACACACAUACAUGUUUACAUACACAUAGCUAGAUUGGACAGAGAGAGAGAGAGAGAGAAAAAGAGAGAGUUUGAUAAAUCCCUCUUUUCUUCUCUCUCUCUUUUUGGAAUGAGAUCUUCAUAUUCUUAUUCAUGUACAAUGUCUACUUUGCAAAAACCAAAAGUUCUUCUCUUUGUUUUAUCUUCCCUCCCGUGAAAUUUUUCUUUUUUUUCUCUCUCUGGAACCAUCAAAAUCAAAACCCUCAAUCCCAAGGUUUGGCCAAAUCGUCACUGGGAGAAACCCGAAUUGUGAUUUUUAUAGUAUUAGGGGUCAUUGUAAGAAGAUUCACUGUUGUAAAUAGAAAGCGAAGCUUGGAAUUACACGGCUUCCAUUUAAAAGUUGAGGAUUAUCUGUGUUCCAUUUAAAAUUACACGGAUUCUUUCGUUUCAAGGUGAUCAUUCUCUAUUGGCCUAGUAAGAAAGACAGAGGAUCAGAUUGCUGCAGAACUUCUAAAUUUGUCGACAAAUCGGUUGCUUGGACAUGAGCGUGAUUGAAUGCUGUCUUAUCUGGAUAGAUAGAGAUGAAUUAAUACAGAGUUUGGUAUAGUGGAGUAGUUCAUGUGAGCCUUUGGAUACUUUUAGUUUUUGUGUCAGAUUUUCAUAAAUUGUGCAAUCCUAGAAGUAACACUGUGAUAAGAGGAGAUCUUGCAUAUUGGUUAUCAUCAGUUUUGGCUUUGGGUUGAUUUUAGUAGAUCAUGGAGUGAUUUUUAAGCUGGAAAUGAGUUUGGGGUCAUGGUGCAUGGACAGGAGCAUUGUUUCUGCUCUGUUCCUGUGUUGGAACAACAGUACUGGAAACUAGGAGAAGCAUUUCUGCUGGUGGACGGAUCCCACUUUUCCAUUUCAAGGAUUGCGUGCAAUGUCUCGCUGCUUUCCAUUUCCUCCUCCAGGAUAUGAAAAGAAAGUUGGAAUCAAUGAUAUAGACUUACUUGCAAAGGAGAAGCACAAGGAGAAAAAGCAUAAAAAGGAUAAGAAGGACAAAGAGAAAAGAGACGGUAAGGAGAAAAAAGACAAAGACAGAAGUAAAGAAAAACAUGGUGAAAGGAAAGACAGAAAAGAAAAGCACAAAGACAAGAAGGAAAGGGGUGGGGAUAAUGGGAUUACUUGGACAUCAGAAGAGAAGAGAAUUGAAGGGCAGUCAGAGUCUUAUAAUGGACAGAAUCAUGUUCCAAACGGAUUCCAUAAUGUUGACAUCAAGGAUUAUAAAUACGUGCAGGAAUUGGAUCGGAGAUGUAGGAAUGAUGACAGAGCUACUGGGAGUCAGGUGGUUCAGAAGAUUUUGGUUGCUGAUCAAAGAUCUUUGUUGUCAAAUCAGUCCAGAGAAAAAGAGAGAAUUAAGGAUAAGAAAGAAGUUGAUAGGACUGUCAAUGCACAAAGAAACCAUAUCGAGGGAAAAACUGUUCAACAUGUCCCGGGCAUUGACCAAAGAAGACUUGAAGGCAUUACUAAGCCAAUUGAGAAGCAACUGGAAGUCUAUAGGAAUAGUGAAAGAGCAACAGGAAGUCCGGUUGUUCAGAAGAUUAUGGUUUCUGAUCAAAAACCUUUGUUGUCAACUCAGUCCAGAGAAAAAGAGAGAAUUAAGGAUAAGAAAGAAGAUGAUAGGACUGCCAAUGCACAAAGAAACCAUGUCGAGGGAAAAUGUUCAGCGGAGGCAUUUUUUGAAAACAUCCCUAGCAUUGAGCAAAGAAGACUUGAAGGCAUUGCUAAGCCAAUUGAGAAGAGCAAGGAAGAAAAACACAGAUAAUGACAGUAAAGGUCAUAAACCCAAGGAGAGAGAUAAAGAGAAGAAAGUUAAAUCGAAGGAUAAGGACAAGGAUAAGAAGAAAGAGAGGAAGGAGAAGGUGAAGGAGAUAAGCAAACCAUCCGAUGAACAGCCUAAACUAGAAGGAAAUGGCAAGGAAUCCCUAGAUGCUUUCAGUAAUAAAGCAUUAAACCUUUUACAGAUGAAUAGCAAGAAAUCUGCUGCUGGGGGAAUUCUUGGCAAACGCAAGGAACUUGAGAUGAAUGGAUAUUUACACGAAAAUGGAUUUCUGCCUCAUAAGUUGUCAAGAUCUGUUUCUUCUCACCCAGUAGUGGAAAAUGGGAGGAAAUCAGAACCAAGCCAAACUGUUCUCCAGUUUUUAUCAGAGGGACAGGGGGCAGCCAGCGAUUGUAAAGCAGAUAUCAAGGAACACAGAAUUAAUGGUUUGAGAGGGCCUGAACAACUCAAUGCAUUCUCAACAAAGCCAUCAUCUUCUCGUGUUAAAGUUAAUGAGAAUGGUGGAGCAUCUGCAAAACCACCACAUCCUGAUUCCAAGUAUCUGAGUGAGAUACUUUCCAUUCCCAAGAUGGCGGAUGAGUCCAAUCUUGACGAUCAGGAAUGGCUGCUCGGCGGCAAUGGUUCAGGGUCAAAGAAACCCAAAGUGGGAUCCCCUGAGAUUGAAAUGACUCCCCAAGUAUGGGCAGAAGCUAUGCAAAUAGAGUCUCUUCUGGAUGUUUAUGCUCUGCCAUAUGUCAUCCCAUACUGAUAUUGAGUAGGUUUGACUUCCUUUUAUGAUCCCCCAAGUGUCUGCAUCUGCGAACCCAAAGUAGCAUUAAUGAGAAGAAACCAUCCUCUGGGUUUUGAGGCCUAGUCUGCUACUGCAUCUUUUUCUGAUAUCUGCCUUAGAUUUGUUCAGGGCUUUGUUAUGCAAGCAGGGUUUUUCGUGCCUCAUCAGCAGAUACAUUUCCCAUGGCUGGUGAAGAGGGAGGGAUAAGUUUAGUUGAAUGUUCAGAGGUUAAUAGGUAUAGAUUUUUUGUUAGGUAGAAACUUAGGUUUUAAACAUAUACCACCAAAAGGAGAACCACAUUGCCAUUGUAGGCCUUGUGGCACCAAAUUUUUUCUUACAUUUUACUGAGACAUAAUGAAAAUUGGGGACAAUCCACAUAAUUUUUUUUUUUAUAUUA